CACGUGUGGGCAGGAACUACACCUCUUGGGUUACCUCCCAUAUGUCAUGGAGAUCAAUGUGAAAUGGAUUUUAAAGACAAGAAUAUUCUUCUUUCUCUUUCAAGUAAUGGUCUCUAUAUUCCCUGACCAUCAGCACUCAAAAAACAAUGCAUUUAUAGCUCCGUAUCGUUUAAAACCUCACCCUCUGAUAAUCGAGUUCUUAUUUGGAGGAUUCGAUAACUGGGACUCCGAAUAUUACCUUAACGUUGCUAAUGUGGGUGGGUACCAAAUCAAAGAGUGCCACGCCUUCUUUCCACUGUAUCCGUUUCUAAUGAGAUUCAUGACCUUGUUCUUAUACAGGUAUACACCGAUUGGACACUUCAUUCCUUUUCAUAGUCUGUUAGUGAUAAGUGGUGUGACAAUAAGUAACAUAUCAUUCAUCAUCUCAGCAAUCACUUUAUAUCUACUUACCAUUAAAAUAUUUACUAUAGCAGCUGUUGAUUACAAUAAGUACACAUCUACUAAUAAAACUUCUACAAAUGAAACUUUGUCAUCAUUCUCUUCCAGCAUCAAUGAAUCCACGGGCUCAUCUCCUUCAUCAUGCGUUCUAAAAAGACAUCCAGUUCACACCUCACCAUUGACUAGUCCUCUAGAUGCUUUACCAUCAGUUAUUCCACCAAAUCUUUCAUUACCAAUGCCUUCACUUGAUGCUACAUCUUCACUCACACACAAUGUACCUGUUAGUUUACCCUCUUCAUUGAAUGAUCAGGUGAUAUUGUCUCCAGAACUGAUAAAAGAGAUUGCAUUUCUCUCAGUACUGCUCUACACUGUUAAUCCAGCAACCAUAUUUAUGUGUACUGCAUACACUGAGAGCCUGUUUGCCCUCUUUACUUUCUCAGGUAUGCUGGCUGUCUCUCACUCUCGACUCUACAUUUCUUCACUUCUCUUUGCUGGAGCAUGCGCCACACGGUCCAAUGGUAUCGUACUAAUUGGUUUUAUAUUAUAUCAUCACAUGGUGCACGUCUUGAAAGAUUUCGCUGCUCGUGGUUCCAUACUUGGAACAGGAAUGAGGAUCUUGAAACAUGGGUUUGAAAUGAUGCUACAAGUGUUGAUUGCACUCCUUCCAUUCCUUGCUUUCCAGAUGUACAGCUAUCACCAGUUCUGUCCCGAUCCUGCUAAAACCAACAUAACCCUCUGUAAUGCAACACUUCCUCUUCCUUACUCUUAUGUGCAGAAGGAAUACUGGGAGCUUGGGUUUUUAAACUUCUACGAAUUAAAGCAGAUACCUCACUUCAUCUCUGCUACACCAAUGUUCAUACUAGCUGGUAUUCCAUUGUGGAGAUACUUUAAGCUGGCAGUUACUAACACAGGGCACUGGCUGUUCUCAAAUAAACAAAGAUAUGACAGACAUCAAAUGUACAUUGAUUCUGUUCUAUUCCCUUACAUGAUGCAGCUCCUGUUUCUUUUAAUUGUUGCCGCCUUUUUCAUGUACAUACAGGUUGUCACUCGAUUUGUUGUUUCAUCCUCUCCUGUCAUUUACUGGUUUGCUGGAGUAGUGUUUCUACCAAAGAGCACUGAGAUUAGCUCUACUGCAUCUAAUGCUGUGAGAGAAAAAAAUGGGAAAGGAAGAGAAGAUUCUGUAUUCACAUAUAUGAAAAGACUGGUUCAUUCAAGUCAAUGGUCGCAUGUAGAACAGUAUGAUUUAAGACAGUGGAUCACAGUUUAUUGUGUAAUAUAUAUUAUCAUUGGAUUUGUAAUGCAUUGUAACUUUUUACCCUGGGUCUAAAUAAAUUUCUCUUUAAUAAUCUACAAUAAUUAUAAAAGGUUAUUAACUAGAAAAUGGAACCGAAUAUCAGUGAGACAACACUCUGCAAUGAAGAAUACAACGGGACGCUCUUGGUAGCUAUCAACAGCAUAAGGACGGUAACGGCUGGGUUGUCUUCCCUGAUCUGCCUCUCUUCAAUCUUCUUGCUAUUGUUCAUCAUGUGUAGGAGAGGCCCUAGUGGAGACAGAGACGAUAACACACUCAAUAACAAACUCAUACUCUCAUUCCUCUUCUCGGCCCUAAUAUAUUCAAUAGCUACAAUAUUCCAGUGGGUCAGGCUGGAGUAUGAUCAAGAAGACUCUCAUUAUUCCACUGCCUGUGAAGUCGUUGGUUUUCUAGUUGGGUACUUUGGCUGGACGCUAAUGCUAAAGUCCUUUUUCCUCAUUUAUCACCUUUUUCACAUUCUGUAUAAAGGGAAACCAGAGAAGUCCUGUAUUGAUUUGACACCGAACUCUUGUAGCAAUAUCAUCAAUAACGUCGCUAAAAUGGCCCCAGGAAUCACUCGUCUGGUCGUGUACAUUGUCAUAUCGUAUCUCUUUCCACUUCUUUUCGUGUGGAUACCGUUGAUACCAGGGUUGAAAGGUUACGGGUCAUCGGGUUACUGGUGCUGGAUUGUAGUGUGUACUAGUAAUGAUGAUUACUACAAGAUCGGUUAUGCAGAACAGGCCUUGAUCUGGUAUAUACCAGUUAUAAUAAUCAGUAUUGUCAUCAUUGCAUUGAUCGUCACCAUUAUUAUAAAACUAGUUCAACUAGAAGAAAAAGUAGCCAUUUCUUGUCCUCUUCUCUCCUUCCCCAUUCUCUUCCUGUUUGUAAA